AUGGGCGUUGCGGCUGUGGUGCUGUGGCUGGCUCUGGCGGGCGUGGUGCUGGUGUGCGCAGACGGGGUCGCAGGCCUCUACUGCCCACCCGGCCAUGCACCGUCGAGCGGAAGUGGCGGAACGACGUUCUGUGCGGUCUGCCCGGCCGGGACAUACUCGAGCGGCGGCGAGAGCGCGAGCUGCCGCGAGUGCGAGGCAGAGGCAUCGGGAACAAGCGCACCCGGCUCGACGUGGUCGCUGCCGGGAGCGUGGAAUGUGUCGCUCUGUCGAUGCGCGAGCGGAUUCGCGUUUGUAGCGCCGGCCGGCGACGGGAGCGUCUUCAGCUGCGAGCCGUGUCCGCCCGGAGCGCUGUGUGCGCGCGGCACUGAGCCGCCGCUCCCUGCAGCGCCCGGAUGGUACCGGCUAGACGCGGCAGGCACGCGGUUUGCGCCUUGCGCGGCGCGAUCGGCGUGCGGCGGGCCUUCGGGGUGCGACGCGGGCCACACCGGCGAGCUGUGUGGUGCGUGCGCUCGCGGGUACUAUCGCAUCCACUGGGAGUGUCACGAGUGCUCUGCGGCGCCGAUACUGCGGAUGGCAGCUGUGCUGGGUGGGUACGUGGCGGUGAUGGGCGCGGUGACACUUACGGUGCCCGUGGGCGUUCUCCGCGGGUGGCUCCCACUAGUGAUGGCCUUUCUCCAGGACAUCGGGCUGGUUUAUCUGCUGCCGGUGGUGUGGCCGCGGGUGGUGGGUACGGCGCUCAAGUGGGCGUCGGUCUCGCUGGUCAACGCCGAUCUGCUUGCACUCGAAUGUGUCUUUCCGGGCCUGACUUUCUACCAGCUGUGGGGCGUCUCGCUCCUCGGGCCAGUGCUUGUGGUGGCGGUAGUGAGCACGGCGUAUGUGAGCGCUGUGGCGGUGUGCGGACGGAGCGAGGGGAGCGGAAGCGGGCGGUCGAUGGUUGCAAGGAUGUUUUCAAACGGGGGCGGGGGCAGCGGGAACAGGCGGAGCACGAUGGGCGGCGGCGCGCGUUCGGACCGUGCCGCGCACGCAACGAACGCAGUUGUGUACAUGCUGUUGGUUGUCCAUCCGCUGUUUCUUUUCAAGGCUGUCUCGCUGUUUGCAUGCGAAGGCCAUGGCGCGGCCGGGACGCGCCUCAUCUUUGCGGCUCAUAUUCCUUGCUACGACCGGGCGUGGUGGCUGGCGAUGCCUGUGGCGGCUGCGGCGUCGGCGCUGGGAGCGGUGGUUGCGCCGGCCGGCCUCGCGGCGCUACUUUUGCACGUCGGGCAUGCGCGGCACGACCGCGACAUGGCACUCAAGUAUGGUGCGUUGUACGUCUCGUUCCGGCCGAGCAUGUACGGGUGGGUGGCGAUCAAGGCGAGCUUCCGGGCGGUGCUCGCCGGUCUGGCAUGCACCACGUACACGCCGGUCCUCGUUGUGGUCGCCUCACUCAUGGUCCGGUUUGCCGUCCUGCUUGCGGAAGCGUUCUUCAUGCCGUAUCUGCGGCCGGAGCUCAAUGCGUACCACAUCGCGUGUCUCAUCGCCACCUUUGUUGCCCAUCUGUUCGGCCUCUCGCUGGUAGCAUUGGGCGAUGGCGCCGAUGCCGACGCGGUGUGGCGCAUUGCGCUCGCUGUAGCUGGCAUCAUGGCCGUUGUCCUUCUUGCGCUGGCGGUCAAGGCGGGCGAGGCCUCGUACUUUUACCUCCGCAAGUUCUCGCGCUACCACAUUCCGUUCAAGUUCAAGUCGUCCGACCGGGCGGCGCUCAAGGCCUUGGUCGUCUCGCGGGUGUAUCGCCUCUUCGAUCGGCUCGACGAGGACGACCAGCGAACGCUUGUUGUCGCCGCCAAUACUGUUCAGGCUCUGCAAGCUAAGCGGCUGCACAAGCGCGGCCUCGGGGGGGAAGCCGCGACGCAGGGUGACUGAUCAAUGAAAUUGCCCCCUGCACGA